AUGUUUGAAGUAGACUGGAAGGGUCUUAUCCUUCCCUUGGCUUAUGUCCUCGUCCUCGGCGGCACGUUCGUAACCUUCUCUACGGUCUACAGGCAACGGAAGGCUGCCCAGAGCGCUAACCUCGCUCCCUGGUUCCCUCCGCACCUCCAACGAAAUGUCUAUCUGUCCCUGCUGCACCUCGAGCCCGAGGAGGGCAGUUCCGAAAAGACGCCCAAGGUUCCCGAUAGCGUCCUGCGCGCAGCACUUCUCCGCCGCGCUGUAGAGGAUAUUCACCGCCUCGUUCAAAUUCGGACUGGAAAACAGGCAUGCGCAUCGCUGCUACAACGAGGGAGUGUCGGCGAUGAUCUGUUCCAGCGCUUCACUCGUGCUGAACAGGAGAUGGAGGCUGAGCUGAGGGACGUCGUUAUGGAGGCCAAUGCGCUUGCACCCAACUGGGGCCAGACCAUCUUCCAGUCUGCCAACGAGAUCGCCGCCAAUGCCAUGUUGCGCACACGGCUCGACGAGAUCCAGGCCCAAGCCGACGCCGAGAAGGAGUGGUGGGAGAAGCGCCGCGCCAGCAUCUCGCAAGACUUCAUGAAGGAGCUCGACGAGGACGAGUCAGCCAAGAAUACUGCCUCUUCCGGAAAGGCAGCGACAGUGGGCAGCGACGACGAGGCAGUCCUAGUCGAGUCCAGCACUCCUGCAACCACCCCAUCAUCCGCAUCCAAGAAGAAGAAGGGCAAGAAAUAG